AUGGACUACAAUUCUAUGCUCGAGUGGGCAACAUUGCUACCCAAUGAUAAAUAUACUGGCGCCCGCGCAAAGAAGGGUCCAAAAGAAGCUCGAGAAGAGGAUAGACCGUUCCACUGGCUAACAUACACAGACCGAUUGUAUUUGGCAUCUUACACUACACCUCCCUCACCCGAUACUCUCUUCCCGUACCCUGAGCAACAGAGCUCUCGACGAUCUCCGACAAAGCGGUCAGCCAGAGCUGCAGAUGGUCCUUCGGUCGUUUCAGACAAGAGAGAAGCACCUCAUUAUUUCUCCGUCGACGAUACCCUCCUCUACAAUGCCUUUCACCAUGACUUUGGACCAUUACACAUUGGACAUCUCUACAGGUUCGCGGUGCAAUUCCACGACAUCCUUGGCGCCCCAGAAAAUAAGAACAAACCUGUCGUGUUUUGGAGUAAAGCGGAUGCGCGUAGUCGAGCCAACGCUGCAUGCCUCCUAGCCACGUAUAUGGUCUUGAUCCAAUCAUGGGCACCACAUCUCGCGCUUGCGCCAAUCGCUCAAGCAGACCCGCCUUUGAUGCCUUUCCGCGAUGCAGGAUACAGUCAAGCAGAUUAUGGCAUUACAGUUCAAGACGUUGUGUAUGGUGUCUGGCGCGCAAAGGAACAAGGGUUCUGCGCUUUGCCGCAAUUCGAUCUCGAGGAGUAUGAAAGAUAUGAGCGCGUGGACCAGGGUGAUUUCAAUUGGUUGACCCCCGACUUCCUUGCAUUUGCUUCCCCACAACAUCACCCAGUGCAACCAAUACUUCCUUCUUCUCCACUGUAUGCGAGUUUGCCAACAACAUUGGAAGACGUGGAUACCCACCCAACUUUACCCACACCUUUCAAAAAUGUUCUGAAGCAUUUCACAUCACGAAACAUUGGCUUAGUGGUUCGUUUGAACUCGGAGUUAUACUCUCCAUCUUUUUUCACGGCGCUGGGUAUUGAACAUUUGGACAUGAUCUUUGAUGAUGGCACGUGUCCACCACUUAGCGUUGUCCGAAAGUUCAUUACUUUGGCACAUGAGAUGAUUACUGUUCAGAAGAGGGGUAUUGCUGUGCAUUGCAAAGCUGGACUUGGACGAACUGGAUGUUUGAUUGGAGCAUAUUUGAUCUACCGGUACGGAUUCACUGCCAACGAGAUCAUUGCGUACAUGCGCUUCAUGAGACCGGGAAUGGUGGUUGGUCCUCAACAGCAUUGGCUUCAUCUCAACCAAGGAACUUUUCGAGAGUGGUGGAUUGAAGAGCAAUUUGAGAUCAGAAUGAAGGAGAAGCUCGCCAAUAUGGCUCCAGUCACCCCAAGAAAGGGACACUUCACAACUAAGAGUCAAGUCGUUACUCCUCCAAAUGGCAACCAAAGAACUCCACUUGGUGAAGUAGACAACGAGAGAAGUCAUAGCAUUGGAGCUCAGGAGGAUUACUUGCCGGCACCAACUCCAGGUCAACCAAGAAAGACAGGCAGAGCUGAUCGACACCACCCAUAUGGGCGUCAUGCUUCGGCGUACUCCGAAGAUGAUAGCACACAUCGUGAAACGGAAGUCAUCUCAAUUCAUCGGUCAUCGACUGAUACCACUGAAUCUGAAGAGGAAUGGCAACUCCGCAUGCGUACCCGUAAAUCAUCUAGAUCUCCAGCCCGAAGCGAGAGGUCAGGGAGAUCUAUAAGUCAGACCACCACGACAAUCUACACAUCCAUCGAUGACAGUAGCUAUGACGUUGAGAACAUUGGUGUAGGAGCUAGACCUAAGACACCAUCCACCGUCAAAUCCGGCAGUGGCUCACUUGGAAAGGUUCGCGGCAGCCCUAAGCGUAGUGGUGACAGUCUCCGGAAUAAAGAAACUUCUGGAGCAGUUCGCAAAACUAGUGGGAGAGUUGGCAGUGUCAGCACUCGCAAAGUCUCCGGCUUGUAA